CACGCAGCGUUUGUUGUGAAAAUUCUGAAAGAAAAAACAUCAUUUUGCAAUUUUCUUUCAUAUCGAAGAGUUACGCUCCUGCGACAUGGCAUUCUAUGCAUUGAAAUCGGAGAAAGAUACAAUUGGCGGAUCCUUGCGAGUUCCCAGCGAUAUGAUAAGUCCGAGUGGAAGUCCGUCUCCACCAGGCGCUCCCAAGGAAGCCGAGAAGCGGAUAAGACGAGAGAUAGCCAAUAGCAAUGAGAGGCGUCGUAUGCAGAGCAUCAAUGCUGGCUUCCAGUCACUCAAGCUUCUUCUUCCGCAUAACGAAGGAGAGAAAUUGAGCAAGGCGGCCAUCUUGCAGCAGACAGCCGACUACAUCUGCCGCAUGGAACAGGAGAAGACCCAUCUCAUGAGCCAGGUCCUGAACCUCAAGAGGGUUCUGGUCAAGUACGAGAACAGCGGAGGAUGCGGCGACAGCGAGCCGGAGUCCCCCAUACCUCCGAAGAAGCGGAAGCGCUAUGACAGCAUGAUGGAUGAAGGGAUUGGAAGUCCGGAAUCCUUUGACGACACCAGGAGUACAGCAUCUGUGCCUCUCGACUCAAAGAAGGUAAUGGAAGACAACCAUCGAGAGAUCAUGGACCUGAGGGCCAAGCUUGACCGUGAGAGGCACUAUCGCAUGGUGGUCGAGGAAAGAAAUCGAUCACUGGAGUCUCAGCUUUACCCUGAGAAACUCAAGGAGAUCUCAAAGAAGGUGAAACCCGAAGUAGUGCCUGUACCGGUGACUCAUGCAGACGACUUGAGAAGACAAGAGGAGGCUGAGCUACAGCAUCAGCAACAGCAACAGAUCCGCCUUCAAGAACAGAGGGUGAGGAUGAUGCAAUACCCCUACGUCACCAUGACGACCCCCGCCCCUAUCACCACACCUGCCCCCAUCAUGACACCGACCACCUCGACGUCGCGGCAGAACUUGGAGACCAUUUUCCAGGCCAUCAGGCAUUUGGAGGGCGAGAGGCCGACGCCCGGUAACACUCCCGUCCAGACACCGUCCCACACCCCGACCCCGGACGACGAGGCGCGGAAGGGGCGCGACGAGUGUGACGACAUCCUGCGAAGGGCGGAGGAGAGAUCCGUCAUCCGUGAGACGGAUUCGAGGUACAAGCCCGAGCGCAUGGAGGAGAGGAAAGUGUCAGAGUACACAAAGGGUCGGGGGAUCAAAAUCGAACUUGUGCAUCCGCUCGACAAGCUCACCGCCAGACCAAGCAUCAUCGUUUCAUGAGGUCUGCUCUAUAAUCGCUUCUGUACCAUAUAACCACAACAAACAACAAAAAAACAAAAAAGAGAGAGGACUGUACAAUACUAGGAAAUACCUUGAUUAUUUUGUCACUGACAUAUAUUUAUUCAGUAUCUUAUGACACUCUCCAUAUCGAAACCUACAAGUAGUACACGUAUAUAGUUACCUGUAGCAUGUAGUUAUGUACAGACAAAAGGUCUGAAAAACUUUUUUAUUUUUAUUUGCCUAAGAGGUUUAGAAAAGUCGCAUUUGAAAUAGAGAAACAUCCUAUUGAAAUACCAUUAGGAGCAUGUGAUAGUGUGACUCGGUGAAAAAACUCUAGAAAAGACAUCUCAUUAACAAACUUUAAAAGAAAUUGUAAAUCUGAGGGUGAAGCCCGGUAGCAGUCUUGGCUGGCUUUGGAUAGGAUAUCCAUCCUGCCAGCACAGGAAAGAGGAGGAAGCCUGGCGUCCGGUGGGAAGUGGCUCUUGUUGGUUUCAGUUUCUGUAUUCUCAACUGAUAGACCACGAGGACGAGGGGAAUUCCCGGAUACCGGAUUGGCAGCUGGGGCCGCCUCCCACCUACCACUCCUCCUAGUCCUAUAGGAAGUAAAGGUCUUAUCAGAUAAGGGCCUCGUUGGUUUAAUGGGAUAUUAAUGAUUACUUGUGGUUCAUAGAUUCCAUCCUUAAACUGACUGAACUUUCAAGGCACAAAGUGUCUCUCUUCCCCAUCAAAUCAUUUGAAUUGGAAAAAAAUCUUCAUAUACGUGCUAUAUAUUUUUUGUUGUGCCAAAUUUUUACCUUCAGUGUUAAAAUAAGUUGAAUUUGCAUUAAUUAUCAAAAACAGUGCAGAAUGUGUAGAUUCUUCCUAAACAUUACAAAAUACGAAAAGUGGGUUAUUCUAUUUUUUUAUUUUCCUUAAUUAAUGCAAGGUUUUGGUAGAUCAUCAGUCAGAGCACUCCUGCGCUUCAAGAGAGAUAUAAAACUCUUCUUGCUCUGGACAGAAAGUUUGGGAACAGAGGCUGCUGUUAAGCAAACAAAAAUUUUAAAAAGAAUUACCUGGAUUGGAAUAAUAACCAAAAAAUAGGCUUUGGACCCAAAUUUGCGAGGCACCUAGUUAUCUCCUGUACAGGAAACAGAUGACAGAAGUAUUUACUUGCAGUACAACGAGUUUGGGAUAUCCUGACAGAGUAGAAAGUUUUAAUAGGUUAAGGCCAACUCAUGAUGGUCAUAUUUGACAGCUGAUAACCCUCUUUACAGAUUAGCACAUAGGACAAUGUUGGUAACUCGCCAAGAGCAUCGGGAAUCGGGGUAUCAGUUUCGAUCACUUAGCCUUUGUACAUGAAGUAUCAGGAACAAAAUUGGUUCUGCAAGACAAAGUCAUGUUACAUAAUCUUGUUACAUAAUGUUAAAACAUUGACCACUUUAAACGUUAAAGAAGAUAAUGUUUUGAUUUGCUUCUGCAAUAGGCGUCGCAUUUCUGUGCCAUCAAGAGUUUGUGGUUUGUUUUCCCUGGCUGUACCCCAGCUCAUGCCCUAGCCUUAGCUUGACAACUCAUGGAGCCGACAGAGGUGCCACUAAUCACUCGUGGAAGUUUUUAAGGGGUUACAUGAACAAAAUCCUCUUCUCUUUCUCUCUCUCUCUCUCUCUCUCUCUCUCUCUCUCUCUUUCUCUCUCUUUCUCUCUUUCUCUCCCCUUUUCUCCCUCUGUUGGCUGCUGAUGACACUGUCUGUGAACUUGGCGUGGGGACAAGUCUCAUUGACCUUUCCAGAGUUCACCGCUUAGCCUCCUGGCGGAAAGUGUUCCGUUGGAUCACGGUGAUUCAAGCCGAUGUUGCCGAACUUGGAGAGGCACAUGUUGGGGUUUCAUUGACAGACGGGGGUUAUUCCUAUUGACAAAUCGCACAAGGUGGCUGCCGGAUGUGUCACUUUUGGUACUCCAGUUAUCUUAGCUGCAUGACCUGAAAAUAAUGCAUACUCAUUCACCCUAUGUGCGCGAUUCUAACUCUCCUUUAUGACUUAAUUUUUUUGCUGUAAUCACGAGAGCAUGUUCUUCAGAUUUCCCCCAAAAUGAAAUCUGCUGAACGUGGUUAUCUUGGAGAAUUUCAAUACCAGUGAGCCAACCUGAGCAAAUUCAUCACCUCAUAUUCACUUUCUGUCAAUUCCCACAUUUUCUAGGGUUACUUUCUCGAUGGAGUGAGUGUGAGAGAAGGAGCAUUAUUUUGCACAUUUUUCACACCGAUUUUUUGAAAAGUCAUGCUUUAAGAGCUAUGACACACUGGAUUUGGAUUAGUGCCUUGGCACAACUGGUGCUCCCCUCAGCAGCUCAGUCGGCUUGCUGGCUGGCGACUGCCUGUAAUUUUCCACUGGAGUCAGACAGUCAUUCAUGGCCGACUUCCUUUUGGACUAUCACUGGCAGGAAGGUGCCACUUCCACGUGGGGGGAAAUGAGGCAUAAGCCCCUCAUUUCCCUCCCCCUCUCACUUACACACUCACUGUCAUUUGGGUCUAACUCUCUCAUUCUCUCUCUCUCUCUCUUUCUCUUUCUCUCUUGGGGGUUGAUAAAGUUACUCGGCUAGAGGACAUGCGUAGACUCGAGAUGGGAGGAACCCAAACUCUUUAAACUGAAAGUAGUUCUGGUCGUUGCCUCGGACAACUUCCUCUACGGAUUGUUGAAGCAACAUUGUGCUUCUGUUUCGCAAUGCUUUUGCUUGUCUUACACUUUCUGCACACAUUAAGCAUCAGCAGUAAGAAUCUAGACUAUUAGCAAUGCAAAGGAUGGCUGUCGAAGUCCCGUUGAUUUCUUCCCCCCCCCAUCCAAAACAUGAGUUUGAGAAGAGAUGAGACCAAAAAGUAGCAGAAAUUGAUUUAGCUGUUUGUAGUUUCCUAGACAUUACACUGCCACUAGAUUAUGUAGACAUAGUGUAUAUUUAAUUUAAAUGGGGAUUGGUGAAAAGGGAGGAAAUUGCAUUUUGACGACCUGUAAAAAGGGUAGUACCAUGUGCCUCAAAAAAAAUUAGAAAAUAUAAAUAAAGUAAAGGAGGAGAGUAGAAUGAAUGACUUAAAACUCAUAGCAAGUCAGGUAGAAUAGUUGAGAGAUGAGCAGACUUGUAAAUAAUGUACAAAACCUGUAUCGUGUUUCUCUGUUAUUGUGAUACCAGUCGUUGACAUGUCGUUUUUGUGGAGUAAGAAUGCAUUUUAUGUUUUUACUUGUAUCUGUGUUGGGGAUAGGUCUGGAGAGCUCUUAUUCAAGAUUUAAACAAAACAAAGAUUUUUGACAAGGUAGAGUUGUAUAAAAACAUCUUAACAAAUCUUACUCAAUUCUCCGUAGUCAUCAGAAGGUUGACUGAGAGCACAGCUCCAAAGUCAAAAUAACAUUUGCUGAUGUUGAUAUUUAAAAAACAAAUGAAAUUUAUUGCCAUCUCAAUGCAAUAUCAGUCAACCAUACAAUUUUUUUUGUUCUAUUUUAAAUGUUUUGGCUGCCUUUCUCGAAUAACUUGUCAUUUUUGUAUAUCUCUUUUACUUCCAACAGAAUAUAGAAAAAAAUAUAUAUCUAUUGAAAGAAAUGUAAUGGAGAAUGAUGAAAUAUAUUACCCGCAUAUUUCGUCUUUUAUUUUUUUGCAGUUAUUUAUGUAUUCAUUGGUGGUACUUGCAAUACUUCCUUUUUCCCUUUGUAUGUGUUUCCAAAACUCAGUAAUCACUACCUUUGUGACAGGGUGACGUACCUACCCCAUGUAUUUAAGUUUUCAAAAGUAUCUAUUUGCUCGAAACAGCAGCUGAUGUAACGAUACGCAAAAUUGGCAAUAUUGUGUAUUGCUCCUUUUUGCCACUUUAUCCUUCUGUGCCCUUUCCAAUCAAAUUGUAUUAAUUAUUUUGUAGAGUACAUGUUUAAUUACUCUCUCAAUUUUCUCUCCUAUCCCUUCCUUGUCCUAGAAUUCGUAUAUCAAAACCAAAGAAUAUAUGUAUCAUUUUAAGAUAAUCUUUUUUGUUAUUGUUUUGUAAGAGGGGGAGGGGGGAGUAGUUUUUUUCAACUGGACAGAUUGGACAAUCAUGUUAUAAUCAAUAAUUGUAACUUUAUAAGAAGUAUUAAGGUACACUCUAUAAAAUAGGUUUCUGAAAUAAACUUUGUAAUAGAUGCUUGUCUGGAAAUGUGUUCUAAGAGGCAUAUAUAUUUGUAUUCUAUGUUAGACUGAUUAAAUACAUGUGGAAUACACUUGUUGUUGAUACCACCCUAAAGAAUACCAGUACGGACAAAAUUAUGUCUUUUUCUCACUCAAAACUUUUCACUCCCUUCACUAAGAUUCCUAAAUUGUAGAGCCUCUUUCUUGUCACUGGAUUCUGUAGCCUACACUUGUUCUAGCCAUAGAUAUCUUGUAACACUAUUUUGCUGUAUAUAAGUGUUUAUGCAUAAUGAUGUCUGAUUAAGUUAUGUAAGAGGGUGCAACCUAUUUGACCCUACGAAUCUCGUAUUGCCCUAUACAGGUCAUAGAACGAUUCCACGUACACAUUUUUGGAGAACAAAACCUGAAUUAUUUUUUGAGGGGGGGGGGGGUAGUUCUAAAAUGUGCACCAUUUCAUAUUCAGGAAACUACACUUCAUCUGUAAAUGAACUCGUUGGUAUUUUUUACUGUAAGAAGUUUCCUAAAAAGUCACAAAAUAUACUUGGAAUUUGCCAACUUUGUUUCUAUUCAGGACUAUUUAUAGGGCUAGCUGUAGGUACGUGUUGUGUAGCACCUUGCUAUGUAAUUUUUCCUUUGUGAGGCGACUAAAAAGGAUGACGAAUAUAGUUCACGUUGAUGUUGUAUUUUAUUGUACAUGACAUAUGAUGUCGGUAUAUAUUCACUUGUUCAUUUAUGUAUUAUACAUGAAGAGAUGAAUUUAUUGUUUGUAUAACUUAUGGAAUGAAAUUUGUAUUUUGUUGGUUGGAACAUUUUUGAUGCAUUUCAUUAUCAAAAAGAGCUGAUGUAAACGGCUCAUGUUUCCAUUUCAGGCACAGUGACUUUUAUAGAUCCUUGAUAAUUCGAGGAAAAGAAGGAAAAAAACACUAAAAAUGUAUUUAAUCAAGAAACGACAAUUCCAUGAGCUGUAAUCAUAUUUAUAUACCCUAAGCGGGGACUGUGUUAUAUUAUUGUAAAGAGAAUUCAUCAUUCCAUACAAUUUUAUUCAUAAUCUGUUUUAAAAAAUCACUAUUUAUCUAAAGCAUAUAUAAUACUGCACAAAAGUAAUAACUGCUCUACAUUUUAUUAAGGAGCACCUUUAUACAGGUAUAGUAUUAAUAUAGAUCGACAUGGAAAAUUAGAACAAUGACAUUAUAAAAAGCACAUAGCGCUCAAAGCAUGUGACCUUUUCAUUGUUUAGGAAACUGUUUAAUUCCCCCAAACUGAAUAUCUUUAUGGUAGUUAUAAUUUUUACAUUCCAAAUUUCAUACAUCUGUUGCCUGGAGUGUAAGGGUAUUUCCUGAAACCCUACUUUUGAUAUAUAUCCACAUAACCCCCUUUGAUAGAUAUAUUGCAAAAUAUACAAAUGAUUUAUCAUAUAUAUGAUAUAUAACUUUGAAAUGUUUUUGUACAUUUAUGAGAUAUCUCCCCCAACGCCCUAUAUGGUUCUGUGUGCUGACUGUAUUAUUGUGCCGACAUAUUUUGUGUUAUAACUGAUGACAACACCCGACAAAAUAAAAAUUAUUAAAACAAAA